AUGUCGGCUCCGGCGCCUGCCUCGAAGUCGCCUAUGGUGGUACGCAGUCAAUCUACCUCCUCUCGCCCCGCCCAUUGGGCGCCUGCGUCUGAUUUACCCCAUCGGACUCGAAGCGUGGCGGUCCGAUCGUCCAACACGUCCCAGCCCCAGCCCCCUCCACAGACACAAUACUCACACUCCAAAACCCCCUCUUACGACCGUCGCCCGCCGGCAAACCACGCCGCGCUGGACAGCGUCGCCCGUCGGGAUUUUGAGGCAUCCAAUGUCGCAAACAUGCCGUCUGAACGCUCGCAGGAGCGCCCACCCACCGCAACCCGAACCGAAUCCACCCGAAGACACCAGCGCACUUCAUCCACUCAAGCUCAUCAACGGGACAGUGUCGAUAUGACAAGCACCGCUACUGCGGACCGCGCAGCUGAUUCCUCGCAGAAUGCGACCGGCCCGGUCGUCCCCACACAGCCAAGGCGUCGGACGACGAUCACUACACCAACGGGCCAAUGGGCCCUGGGGAAGACUAUCGGUGCGGGCAGCAUGGGUAAAGUGAAGCUCGCGAAAAAUAUGGAAACCGGGGAACAGGUCGCUGUCAAGAUCGUUCCCCGACUUUCGACUGAGGAGCACCGCAACGGUCGAGAAUCGGAGAGGGCGGACCGGUCAAAAGAAAUAAGAACGGCUCGAGAGGCCGCCAUUGUGAGUCUCGUUAGUCACCCAUACAUAUGCGGAAUGCGAGAUGUGGUGCGCACAACAUAUCACUGGUACAUGCUCUUCGAGUAUGUUAACGGCGGUCAAAUGUUGGACUAUAUCAUCUCUCACGGCAAGUUGAAGGAGAAACAAGCCCGCAAGUUCGCCCGCCAGAUCGCUAGUGCUCUGGACUACUGCCACCGCAACAGCAUCGUCCACCGUGAUCUAAAGAUCGAGAACAUCCUCAUCAGCAAGACGGGUGAUAUAAAGAUCAUCGAUUUUGGUCUCAGCAAUCUCUUUUCUCCCAGAAGUCUUCUGAAGACCUUCUGUGGUAGUCUUUAUUUUGCGGCUCCAGAACUGCUUCAGGCAAGACAAUACACUGGGCCGGAGGUGGAUGUCUGGAGUUUUGGAAUUGUUCUCUACGUUUUGGUCUGCGGGAAAGUACCUUUUGAUGAUCAGAGCAUGCCCCAGCUCCAUGCAAAGAUCAAGAAGGGUGUUGUAGAAUACCCACCUGGCCUAACAACUGAAUGCCGUCAUAUUAUUUCACGUAUGCUUGUUACCGACCCGAAACAGCGUGCCAGUUUGGCCGAGAUUAUGAGCCACCCGUGGAUGAACAAAGGCUUCAAUGCACCUCCCGAAAAUUACCUCCCCCAGCGAGUGCCUAUCCAGCUUCCGUUGGACCAAGAAGUCAUUGAGAAGAUGACAGGCUUUGAUUUUGGUUCACCAGACUAUAUCACAUCCCAGUUAACCAAGGUGCUGGAUUCAGACGAGUACCAGCACGCUGUACGGCUCAAUUUCCGGGAGCACCCAGUGAAUAGCCAAGCCGAGCGAAAGCGCGGCGUCUUCGACUUCUACAAACGACGCAACUCUGCUGCUAGCCGUGAUACCCUAUCGGCACCUUCAUCCGAGGCAAUCCAGCUAGGCAAUGAUCCUCUGAACGCCUACAGUCCGCUGGUAUCAGUUUACCACCUUGUCAAGGAGAAACUGGACCGGGAGCGAUUAGAGAGUCGUCCUCCUACUUCGGGCAUUCGUCCAAUCCCGCUUGAUGUGGGAAUGCCGGAGCUCGCACCCCCAGAGGCUGCUCACACUAAUCAGUACUCAGUUCCGGGAGAAAAGGACACUGGCCGACGGUCUCGUCCUCGGGCCAGAACCCACGGCGAGGAGGAGGUCACGGAAGGUAUCAAGAAUCUUCAUACUUCCUCGCCGUCUGGACACGUAAUGCCAGACACACCUGCGAAGAAAGAAAGUGCAGCGGCCGGUAUUUUGCGACGUUUCAGCACCCGCAAAGUCAAGGACCGCAGCCGCGAUGUGGAACGGGAGCGUAUCAGCACCCCCAAUACUCCGACACUCAACGUCCAACCCCCUGUCGAUUCCGCGUCUCCCCUGCACCGUGGGUUUAGUGUGCGGAGAACUCGGCGGGCCGAGCCAUCCCCUCCUAUUCCCUCCGGGGGAAGCCAGCCUCAAUACCAGGACUUCCUCGCUGCACCGGGCUCGAGCGAGUCAACUUCGCAGCCUAAUAAGGUCUUGGGACGGUCUACCAGUGUCAACUCCGCUGACUACCGACCCCGAAGAGCGGCCCGAAGAGGCGAUGCUGAUACUUUGGAUGUUGAGCGACAGCCUCCCUCGACGAGUGGCUCGGAUCAGGUUGGUCCCAACACCCAAAAGGAUCAGGCUGGCACGAAAGCCGGUGGCCGCACGCAUACGCAUACAGCACGUACCAUGUCUUUGGGUCAUGCCCGCCGUGAAAGCAUUCAAGCCCGACGGGCCCGGCGUGAGGCUGCUCUCGAGGCGAACGUGCCCGAAGAAACUGAUGAGGACAUUACCGGUGCAGGCACCGCGCUGGAGAGUGCUAACGAAGGCGAAGACCUGUCUAAGCCGGUCUUCCUCAAGGGUCUCUUCAGCGUGUCAACCACUAGCAGCAAGCCCUUACCUGUCAUCCGUGCCGAUAUCAUCCGCGUUUUGAAACAGCUGGCUGUGGACUACGUUGAGAUCAAGGGUGGCUUCCGGUGUCGACACGCCCCCAGCAUCGACCUCGACAAGGUCAUCGAUGUUAGCCCCCCUAGCCCGGACCGCCAGGGCCAGGUCUCACACCGUCGCCGCAUCAGCUUUGGUGGCCUUCUUGGCCACGACGACAGCCGCGAUGACAGCCGUUCAGGAUCUAACAAGCCACAACGCCGGCCCCAGACGCAACCAGACCGCAGUUUCGUCUCAAACUCAGACGCCUCGGAUGACUAUGUUGCUCGCGAUAGCCAGCAGAGUGGCGCAGUGGGUGAGCGGGUGGUUGGGGAGACCACUACCCGCGUCCAGAGCGACACCGGCGAGAACCUGGUACUUCGCUUUGAGAUUCUCAUUGUAAAGGUCCCUUUGUUCUCCCUACACGGCAUUCAGUUCAAGAAGGUCUCGGGUGGCAUGUGGCAAUACAGAGAGAUGGCGAAGAAGAUUCUUGAUGCUUUGCGACUGUGA